AGCACUGACACUAUUGUGAGUUAAUGUAGUUUAGCUCUCUGUGGGCCCACCAUAUUGUAUGUGUGUGUAUAUAUGUGAAUAGAGAGGAAGAAAGCAGGAAGAGGAAGGGAAGAUGGGUACAUCAUGGUCACAAGAAGAGACUGUGGAGCUGGAUGUGGAAGGGCCCAAGAAGCUCCCAAAGAAGCUCCCACACAACUACCAAGCUAUCAUCAAUGAGGCUGACACACCCUUGCCAAAUGAACCUUCCCGCCUGUAUGAACAGCUUCAAUCUGGAGUGUUCUUGAAUCAGAAAAAGAAGAAGUAUUGGAUUGAAGAGAAGACAGGCUACAAUUGCUUCAUGCUCUUUGCGAGGGGGUUGUCAAUCGCUUGGGCAGAUAACCAGCGCCACUGGAGUUGGUUUUCUAUGAAAGAAACAAGUGAUGUGGAUGUCGAUGUGGCGAACCUGUUAAAUGUCUGUUGGCUCGAAGUGGACGGAAUAUUUGAGACGUCCAAUCUCUCACCAAACACUGGCUAUGAGGUGGCAUUUGUGGUGAUGGUGGAAGACCCGGCAUACGGUUGGGAAGUCCCAGUGACCCUCAAGCUGGCAUGCCCGGAUGGAAGUGUGCAAGAACGAAAGGAAAGACUGAAAGAGAGGCCCAGAGGACAAUGGAUGGAGCUCAAUGCAGGGGAGUUCCAAACAUCAGUGGACAAAGGUGGACAAAUACAGUUUACGCUGCUGGAUUACCACAGCCAAUGGAAAAAAGGACUUGUUGUUAAAGGAGCUGUAAUCCGGCCCAAGAAUUCGCGAUGAAGGUGUCCGUGAUUCAUAGCGAGUAUAAUCAAUAGUAUUAGAAAUACAAUAAAUAGUUCUUUAAAAUUUCUCAAUCCAAGCUCAUGGACUUUGUUUUACGAUAUAAAUAUACCAUGGUCACAUUGUUCUCAACUACGCAGUUAAUGUAUCUGCCAUCUUUUAAUGUAGUGGCUAAUUGGAGGCAAAUUAAUAUCAGCUACAUUAUGGCAGUCCUAUGCUAUAAUGACUAGUGGGGUGAGAUUCACAUGUGCGUGGGAUACUGGCCAUUGAUUGGUUAAGGCAAUGAGUGUAUUGGAAAAGUGGACAUCAAAGAAAUAAAUGCCACUGUGCUACAUUCAUGGGCUAGAAUGUGAAAAUCACACUGGUCAGACAA